UUUCUCUUUAUGGGCGAUGGUGCAAACGCGUGCAAGCCUCUCUGCGUUCGAGGUGCGUGGAGGACCGUGAAACUGGAGGGGGAGAGCAGUGCGCGCUCAGCAGCCUCUUGCUGCUCAGCAUAGCGGCGUUGGGUUAUUUGCAUGUGCUGAAGAGCCAUGGAACGGAAGGAAGGCGAGUUGGAACCUCCUAUCCACUGCAAGUCUUCAUCCUUGGAGCAGAUGGCUGAGGAAGAGGAGGAGGAUGACUUGGAUCUCUAUGGGGGUUAUACCUUUCGGCAAUACAGCAGCAGUGAGGAGAGUGGCAGCACUUCCUAUCUAGAAGAUUCUAGUGAGAAUGAAGUAGCAGAUCAUGAGGCUGGGGAAGUGCCUCCAUCCCCUUCACAGAUCCAGACCCCCAGCACCCACAUGCCAGAUGAUAACGGAUCUGAGCCAGCUGUCUGUGAGAUGUGUGGUAUUGUGGGCACAAAAGAUGCCUUCUUCUCCAAGACCAAACGUUUCUGCAGUGUUUCCUGUUCCAGGAGUUACUCCUCAAAUUCCAAGAAGGCUAGCAUCCUGGCAAGGCUGCAGGGUAAACCACCAACAAAAAAAGCUAAAGUCUUGCACAAGGCAGCCUGGUCUGCUAAAAUUGGGGCAUUUCUCCACAUUCAGGGGACAGGGCAACUGGCAGAUGGAACACUAACUGGUCAAGAUGCUCUCAUUGUAGGCUUUGACUGGGGAGCAUAUCUGCAGGACCAUGGAUGCAAGGCUGCACCUGUUAGCAGUUUCAAACAUGUUCCCCUUUAUGAUCAAUGGGAAGAUGUGAUAAAGGGGCUGAAGGUUGAAGUAUUGAACAGCGAUGCUGUGCUUCCCAGUCGUGUCUAUUGGAUUGCUUCUGUUGUUAAGAUUGCAGGUUACAAGGCACUGCUGCGUUAUGAAGGCUUUGAGAAUGAUUCCAGUCGUGACUUCUGGGUCAACUUAGGUACUAUGGAAGUGCAUCCAAUUGGUUGGUGUGCCAUUAACAGCAAAAUUCUGGUGCCGCCCCAAACUAUCCACUCAAAGUUUACAAACUGGAGAGGGUACCUUAUGAAAAAAUUGGUGGGGGCCAGGACUAUCCCAGUUGAUUUCCAUUUAAAGAUGACUGAGGGCAUGAAAUAUCCUUUCCGCCAAGGCAUGAGGGUAGAAGUAGUGAACAAGGCCUGCAUAUCUCAGACACGCAUGGCUGUUGUGGAUACUGUAAUUGGUGGCCGGCUGAGGCUUCUCUAUGAGGAUGGAGACAGCGAUGAUGACUUCUGGUGCCACAUGUGGAGUCCUCUAAUCCAUCCUGUAGGCUGGUCCAGAAGGGUUGGCCAUAGCAUAAAGAAAACAGAAAAGAAUAGUGAUAUGGCAAACCAUCCUACCUUCCGGAAGAUCUACUGCGAUGCUGUUCCAUAUCUCUUCAAGAAGGUACGUGCUGUCUAUCCUGCAGGUGGCUGGUUUGAGGAAGGCAUGAAAUUGGAAGCCAUUGACCCUUUGAAUCCUGGCAACAUUUGUGUGGCUACCGUCUGUAAGGUCCUUUUAGAUGGUUAUCUUAUGCUUGGCAUUGAUGGCACAGCUUCUGAGAGUGAUUCUGACUGGUUCUGCUACCAUGGGUCCCUACAUUCCAUUUUCCCUGCUGGUUUCUGUAAGAACAACAAUAUAGAGCUGACUCCACCAAAAGGAUAUGAUGUCAAGAUCUUCAGCUGGGCAAGCUAUCUAGAUAAGACUAAGUCAAAAUCUGCACCAGCACGUCUUUUCAAUGUGGAUUGUCCAAGCCAUGGCUUCAAAGUGGGUGCUAAAAUAGAAGCAGUAGACCUGAUGGAGCCAAGACUUAUCUGUGUAGCAACAGUAAAAAGGGUAGUCAAUCGGCUCCUCCGAAUUCACUUUGAUGGCUGGGACAGCGAAUAUGACCAAUGGGUAGACUGUGAAUCCCCAGAUAUCUAUCCUGUGGGUUGGUGUGAAUUGAUAGGCUACCAGCUGCAGCCACCAGUGGUUCCAGAACCUGAGUCACCUGCAUUAGCCAAGGAGGUUUCAAAGAAGAAGCGAAAACCUUAUGGAAAGAAAAGAAAAAAGAUGACUGCUAAAACCCGUUCCAUCAAGGAGGCAGCUAAGAAAGUGAUUGUUCCAAAAACAAAGGAAGAAACAAAAGUUACCAAAAAAUUGCCUGCUUCAAAAUCAAAGGAGGGAACACCAACUGUUUCAAAAAUGAAGGAGGCAACACACACUGAAUCCAAGACUUCAUCAAAACCACCGUCUGAAAGUAAGGAAAAAGUCUUUGUUGCUGUGCAAGUGAAAGAAGAAAUGCCUGAUGAUUCAAGGGUGGGGCUUGAAGUCCCACAACUUUCAGUCCCGGUGAAGGAUGAGGACAUGGAUCAAGAAGCUCCAGCAAACCCUAUGACAAUUGGCUGCAAAAAGGAUGAAGGCAUGGAACCAGAGUCCCCAGAAAGCCCUAUUGCAGAUGGCUGUUUUAAGGAUGGCAGCAUGGAAGUUGAAGUUGCAACAAACCUUGAUGCAAUUUGCUACUUAAAGGAUGGGGUUAAGGAACCAGUACCCCAAGCAAGCUCUAUUGCAAUUGCCUGCUUAAAAGAUGAGGACGUGAAAGCAGAAGCUACAGCGAGCCCGGUACUCAUUAGCUGCUUAAAAGAUGAGGAUGUGGACUAGAGGUUCAAGCAGCAUAAAUAGCACAGCAGUACUUCGGGAAUCAAGGAAGGUGAUUUGCUGGCCUCUUUGUGGGGCUCGGAUUAUACUCUAGUUUUUUAUGUGAUGCAGUCAGCCUAUGAAACAAGUAUUAGAAAAUAUAUUCUAUCACAUCAUGGAAAAAGGCAGGACUACAGUGCCUUUCUAAAUACUACUACAAGCAGUAAGGGUGAAUUUCUGCAUUAUAGAACUCUGUGGAGAGGCAAUGAAGUGUUACAAGGCAUUUUGGAAUUUACUGUUUGAGCCUGCAUAAAAAUAGGUAUCAAAGAACAAUGUACCAUAACCACUAUACUUCAUUUUAAUUUGAAUUAGGUUGUAUCUUCUUGCUUCUGGCCGUUUUGUCAACAAAAUACAAGAGGAACCAAUAUGCAGGAAUUGAAUUGUAUCUGAACCUCACAUGCAUACCAGAAAUGUCAUUCUCCUUUGUGAUAAUGCUCAGUGCACACGACUCAGAUUAGUUUCCUAUAAGAUCCUUGUUUCAGAUGGUAAGUUGAGAGGGGUGGCAGAUUGCUUAAAAGGCUCCCUAUUAUAGUCAACUGAAUUUCCCUGGCUGACUACAGUAGCCAUCGCUAUUUCAGCCAACAGUGGACCACCUCACAGAGCAAGGUAUUGGGGUGGUACCCCCAGAGAGUUCUGCUUAUUGGUUUUCUGCCGAAGCAAAUGGCAGAGCAGGAAAGUGGGUAACAAAGCUGAGGAUCUCAGUGCCUUGAUGUGAAAGGGCUUUUUUCCAGCAGUGCAUAUUUAAUAUACAUUUGUAUUAUUGGGAAAGGGACCACAAAGUCCACAAUGUCUAGCUCUGGGGAGAAGAUCCACUGAUGAUGAGGUAUUCAGUGGCAGGCUUAUGUGGUAGAAAACUCUCCCAAGAAGUAUCAGCUGGAGAGACUCCAAUGAUUGUUUUAUUGUUUCAGAGCUAGCAGGACACAGUGAGCACUGGUCUCUUACCACCAGAUGAGCCAUGAGUAAGAGCCUCAAGUUUACAUAGAUCUUAUACAAAAGACAGUUCAAGCAUGCACACAUCUAUAAGGACCCCAAACUACAAGGGGGAAUUACUUUACACCUGAUAAGGAUUCUAGAUAACAUUAAAUGUCUAUCAUUCAAAAUGUGAAGAUACUACAGUAACAUUCUUUGAAAUGUGACAUCGCAGCUUGGAUAUACAAGAAGUUCCAAGAAAUUGUUAUUUUAACAAGUUCACCCUGUAGAAGGAGGAAAAAUAAGAAAGCAAUCACUUUACAUCUUUAAGCUUGGAAUCUCAACAAUGGCAUAAAUUCUAAAAGUAUCUGGGACCAUUUACAAAUCAUUUGUAUAGCUAUAAAGAAUUUUAAAAUCCUACAAUUGAAUGAAGUACAAAUUAAUGUAUAACACCAAUUUGGAUAAUACUUUAGACACGAAAACUUGCACAAUUAAUGUUUAUCUUGUCAGGUUCCACUUCAUUUCCCCAGUUUGCUUGUACUAUAGCAACAAACCAAAAAAGAGAAAAGAAAGUCAGUAAAGGAAAAUCCCCAAAGGAAAAAGUAGAAAGCUACUACAUUUACCAGUCUCAUGGGCCAUCACUAGAAAGAGACGUUGAAAUUGGUUGCUGGAGUAGGAAUUAAUACAGACAGUCCCCUACUUGCGAACAGGUUACGUUCCAAGAGGCUAUUUUGUUUGUAAGUCCAACCAAGUAAAAAGUAAAACAUUUUU